CGCACCUGGACCACAGCAUCACAGCGUCCUGUGGGCAGCUCGAUACACUGGGUAAACUGGCCGACGCCCUGGAAGCUUCGCUGGGUGAGCUCGAGCGCCAGGUAAGUAGCGCCGAAACCGCCACCGGCAUGUCGCUGGGCGGCAGGCUGUCGGAGCUCUCGCGGCUGUUCUCGCCAAACACAGGCAUCCCGUACCUGCGCCAGUGGGCGCCCAAACACCAAGCAGUGCCCGAGAUUCCCCAGACAAAAGAUUAUUUCUCCAAAUAAAGAAAAAGGCUACUCUUCGGCCGUCUCCUCCGUCGUAGCGGUGGGCAGUGGCGGGUCCAGCGCAACAGCAAUGUUCUCGGGCAGAUCUGUCUUUUUCACCAUCACCGUUGGGCAUGCCGACAUCUGCGCACACAGCUCCGCCCACGAGUACGUCAUCGCAAGCAUGCCACGCUCAGGCGCCUGCACCACCAAAAUUUCGCCUCUAUGCUCAUGCACGUACACCGACACUGCUUCUGCUGCAUUCCCCUGCAGAACCUCGGUCGUUGCCGAUACGCCGACAUUAUACAGCGCCUGCGAGAGAUGCUGCAAUGCUGCCUCGGCCUCUGCACGCACGUCUACAUGCUGGUCAGUGUCGCCAACCAUGCUGUUCCACAUGGCCGAGAUGGUCUUGCCGUCCAGUGCUCCUGGAGCCUCCAUGGUGGUCACCAAAAAGACGUGGUCUUGCUGCUCCCGGAUCAGGUUGGCUUUGGCCCAGGCCACCGUCUUGAAGGACAACAGCCGGUUUUCCGCCCGCUCGCUGGCUUCGGCUUCGCUGGCUGUCACCGAUGCGGGCACCAGAGUGUUGAUGUCAAGCGCUAUAACUAUCUUGCGCCGCAGGGAAAGAGGAAUGUGUGUGCUCAUAAUUAGAAUAUAGAUGUGGUAGAGUGCGAAAAAUACGUGCGGAGAAAAGAAAAGCGAGUGACGCUUGGGCCAAUUUAUGAUCAC